UCCGCGCUUACACAGUAUGGCCGGCGAUAUUAGCUAACAUUUGCCUACGGUAUUCUCUGUAAAAGGGAAGACGGUAAAAAAAAAACAAGGCAACUACAUCUGGACUGCUCAAGGACUGUAACUAAGCUAAUAAAUUAUAACAUCCAACAAAGGACUAAUUUAACUGGGAUCCAUCCGACGGUUUAAUUUCUGUUGUUGGAGUCUGUUUGUCUCACGAUGGAAGACAGCAGUGCACACUUCUUCGAGGGGACCGAGAAGCUCUUGGAGGUGUGGUUCUCCCGAGAAGACGAAGGCAAAGGAACCGGGGACCUGCGCACUAUCCCCAGAUUUGAGUGGGACAAACUUCUGGAGAAUGUGCAUUGUUUGAUUAUAAGUGUGACAAAGACUGACAAGCAGGAAGCUUAUAUACUCAGUGAGAGUAGCAUGUUUGUCUCCAAGAGACGUUUCAUUUUGAAGACAUGCGGAACCACCCUCUUACUGCAGGCACUGGUGCCACUGCUGGAGCUGGCUCGUGAGUACUGCGGCUUUGAUGCCAUCGAGAAUUUCUUCUAUUCUCGUAAAAAUUUUAUGAAGCCCACCCAUCAAGAGUUCCCUCACCGCAACUUCCAGGAGGAAGUCGAGUUCCUCAGCCAGAUUUUUCCAAAUGGAGCAGCCUACUGUAUGGGACGUCUGAACUCAGACUGCUGGUAUCUGUUUACGCUGGAGCUGCCGGAGUUCUGGGAGAACAAGCAGGCGGACCAGACCCUAGAAGUUCUGAUGAGUGACCUCGAACCGGCUGUGAUGGACCAGUUCUUCAUGAAAGACGGUGUUUCUGCUAAUGAUGUCACUCGUAUGAGUGGAAUUCGUGACCUGAUUCCAGGUUCAGUGAUUGAUGCCACAAUGUUCAACCCUUGUGGAUACUCCAUGAAUGGAAUGAAAACGGAUGGAACUUACUGGACGAUUCACAUCACCCCCGAACCGGAGUUCUCCUAUGUCAGCUUUGAAACCAACCUCUCCCAGACGUCUUAUGACGAGCUUAUCCGCAAAGUCGUGGAUGUCUUCAAACCAGGGAAAUUUGUGACAACGCUUUUCGUCAAUCAGAGCUCCAAAUGUCGCAGCGUUUUCACUUCGGCUCAGAGGCUCGAGGGUUACCGCCUGCUGGACCGUCAGCUGGCCCACUUCAACGACUACAACUUCGUCUUCACCAGUUACGCCAAGAGCCAGAAGCAGAGCUGAACCUCCGACAUGAAGAAGCGUAAAAAGAAAUCCUGCCGCUGCGAGGAACAACUCUGCGGCCGGCGGUGUUUGUGCGCGGAGUCUUCUGGCUCUAGAUCUUCCCUGAGUUUAACAUUUAUGCAUUCUUGUACCUGUGACGUAGAUAUCAUGCAUGAAAGCUCUUCCUGUGUGUCUGUAGAUAUUCUAGCCCAUUCUUGCUGUGAUCUUGAAGUGCAUGUAGAGCUCUUGAACGUGGUGGUGGUGUGUGUGAGGCAUGUCACACCAUCCCCGGACAUGCAACGCUCCCUUCCCUUCCUGCAGGUGUCCCCUCGCAUCCCCCACAGACAGGGUUUCCGACCUCACUAGACGAGGACCCUGACGUGCUCAGAUCUCUCUCUUUUUCUGAUACUCACCGGUGUUUUAUAGGGUUUGCGUAAAAGGCGUUUCGGUUUACAUUGAAUUUCCUCUGACUUAAAUACACGUGACGUUGAUUAUUUAAAUUGCAACUCAUUUUUAAAGUAUGCAUUCAGCUCAGCUGUGUAUAGCUAGCUAACUUUUCUGUGACUGUGAAGACAAACUUAAAAUAUUCCUCGUCCAUCUUCUUUUCUUUAACCCUGCAGACAGCUGUUUAGUAAGAGUAACUUGAAGCCUGCUCUGCUUUUAGAAACCGAUUUAGAAAAUGCAUCUUUUGUUUGAAUAUUACGCUCGUUAGGUGGUUAGUAUUAAGCUGAACUGUUAUCAGGUAGACUAAAAAUACUCAUUCUGAUUUUCAUCAUCAGCUUUGCAAGUACCAGAGAAGUGAAUGUUUCGAAAGAUGAGUUACUUAACUGUUGCCUUAAGUGUCAACAACAUAUAGUCUGCAAUAUAUAGCCAUUGUGGUGAAAGUCAACUGUUGUCUUCCUUUCCUCAAAUAAAAUGGCCUUUAACAUGAAUGUGAACAUGAGUUCGUUGAAAGGUGACUGCGUUAUAUAAAAGGAUGGAUGGAUGGAUGUUUCUGAAUAAUGUAGGAAGUGUAGAAGAAGCCAUUAAACGUGUGUGUGUGGGAGAAAGAGGGAAUGGUGAAGGACCCUGGGGCUGUCCAGCACAGAGCCUGCUCAGUGCACGUCUUUGAAUUAAAACAGUUGGACAGACACUUUGCUUUCGUGUGCCGAUCGCACAGCAAAGCAUUUUUCUUUUUCUAAACAAAACGAGUUCUCUCUCUCUUUCUCUACAGUAAGCACACAAUAGGUGUGCACUGAUCUGAGCACGUCAGGGCUGACCCGGAUCAUUCCACACCCCACGCCUGACUAAAGUGCAGUUUUAUUUUAUUUAUUUUUUUUGCAGUAGAUUUGUACACCUCUCCAGAUCGUGCCCUUUUUGUGCA